UAUGUUUCAGUGAUUUUGUCCAACAGGUUCUUCAAAAAUGUAAUGAAAACUAUAAGAUACUUUAAAAGAAAACGCAUAUGAACGAUAAUGAUUAAACUUUGCUUUUUUGUUUGCUUUUGGUUUUUUUUUACAAUUUCCUGUAAAGAACUAACUUUGAAAACAAUAUUUUUCGAAUCUGAAGAUGCCAUCUUAAGUAAAAACAUAACAAAAAAUGAAGAAAUACUUGAAAAGUAUUUUCUUACUGACAAUAAAUCUCAAUCUGUUUGGACAAUUGCACAAGCAACUGCAAAAGAAUUAUUCAAAGUUGAUUACUUUAUUGACGAUUUGAGUGUAAUGGAGCAAGAUAUCCAUAAAAUUGGUAGACAGUUCCUGAAUUGUAAAGAAUAUAAGAACGAACAGAAAAUAUCAGAAUGUUUUAGUGUUGUUGCAGAUAUAUUAAGAGAUGCUACACGUGAUUUUACAUGGAGUUAUGAUCCUACGAUAUUUAAAUGGGACCGAAUAAAGUAUGGAACAAUGUUUUUGACACUAGCAGUAUUUGAAGCACAUAUUUCUCUUGCUGCAAAACAAGCUCCUCUUGCAAAAAAAUAUGAAUUCGGAAAGCGAUAUGGCUUUAUUUUUGAUAGAUUUAAUUCGUUAAUGUUUGAUUUUGAAAAUGCUCUAAACUCAUGGAGAUUGGACCAGGUUACACCCGUAAAAAUUUGUGAGGUUCAUUUAAUUAUGUGGAAAGAGUUCGAAGGUACGUGUGAAACAAGAUGGCGUAGAUCUGCCGAUGAGGAUGAGAAAGGAAUUAGUUCUGGAAUGGGGUCAAGCUAUGACGUUGAAAGUUUAAUAGAUGAAAAAGUUGAAAAACUUGGCACAAACCUAUUCCACAAAAAAAAGUACAAAGCUACUGUUUAUGAUUCUGCUAGUGAUCAUCAAGUGUUUCAAGAAGAAAUAAUCCUUGAUACUGGUAGUAGAGGUAUUGGAAUUCAUGAUAUUUUUCAAAGAGCAAAAGAUGCUCGUUGGAAGUACAUUGAUACCAUUAAAAACGACAUGCCGAGGUACAAUGAAGAUGUUGUCCACGCUGUUCGAAAUAUAAUUGAAUCGAUGAUUAGGUAUUUUAAACACUAAGUCACCGAUUUAUAAAAUGAGUACCAAUUUAAAAAGCAAGCAUCUGUAAAAAAAUAUUUGAAGUAAACAACUUUUGAA